GUCAUCUCGCCGCGCCGGAGUCCUGCGCAGAGCACCUGGAGGCGCGUGCGGAGAGCGCCGGAGCCGGCCCGAGGGAUGGCGCUCUUCCGGAUCGCCAGAUAUGAGGAACAAGAAAAAUCAAGUAGUGCUGAGGACCAAGCCCAGGUGCUCCUGCGGAGGCUUCGGGUUCAGGCCCAGGAGCGGCAGCUCAAGAAGCAAAAGCAGCAGGAGGCCGAGGCUGAGACCAGCUCCCCUGGGGACGUGGCCCCAGGACCCCCCGGGCCUGCACAAACUAGCCUAAGUUCUCCAGCCCCAGAGGAGCCUAAAAGAAAAGCCAAGAAGAGGAAACGAGGGGAUGGGAGCCCCCGCAGGUUAGAAAAGUCGGAAUCAGAGACAGACCCCAUGUCCAGCCAAAAAGGGACCAGCAGCCCCAGAAAACCAAAGAGAAAGAAGAAAAAGAAGACAGGUAAAAGCUGUGAAGAGCAGGGAGAUAAAAAGGACUCCACAAGAGCCUGUGAGCCCUCGGCAGAGGCCAGUGAACCCCAGCACAGCGUGCUCAUUCUGGGAGUGCCAGACAAGAAGGCCCUUCCAAAGGUCCAGCCUUUCUUACCCAAAUGGCUUGCAGAACCCAGCCAGGUCCAAAAGAGCGUCAAAAAUGACCUUGUCCCAAUCCAGGAUAUCCCUGGAAUCCAUCCUUGCCUACAAAAGAAAUUAAAGACAAACGGCAUCAUGUCCUAUUUUCCAGUUCAGGCAGCGGUGAUUCCUGCCCUCCUGGAGAGUGCAUCCCAUGGAUUCCUGGUGGGGAGGGGUGGCUACCAGCCCAGUGACAUCUGUGUGUCUGCCCCAACAGGCAGUGGAAAAACACUGUCCUUUGUCAUCCCCGUGAUCCAGGUCCUGUCGGAGCGGGUAGUGUGCCACAUACGGGCCCUGGUGGUACUGCCAACGAAGGAGCUGGCCCAGCAGGUGAGCAAAGUGUUCAACAUUUAUGCCGAUGGCACAGCUCUGCGCAUCGCCCAGAUCACGGGGCAGAAAUCUCUAGCGAAGGAACAAGAGAUCCUCGUCCAGAAGACGGACUCAGGGUACUGCAGCCUGGCAGACAUUGUCGUAGCCACCCCUGGCCGGCUGGUGGACCACAUUGAUCAGACACCAGGAUUUAGCCUCAGGCAGCUUCGCUUUCUGAUCAUCGAUGAAGCCGACCGCAUGAUUGACAGCAUGCACCAGUCCUGGCUGCCGCGGGUGGUAAAAGCAGUUUUCCAGGGUGACAGUGCCCCAGGCUCCAGCCCACUCUUCCAGAGGGUGGAACCCCGAGCUAUAACUGCUGCCAGCACAAGCCAGCCUCAGAUGCCACUCCAGAAGCUGCUGUUCUCGGCCACGCUGACUCGGAAUCCUGAGAAGCUUCAGGAGUUGGGCCUCUACCAGCCCCGGCUCUUCUCCACUGGCCCGGACAGCCAAGGAUCCGUAGCUCAGCCAGGGACUGAGCAAGAUGGGGAGGGGAAGUAUGCCUUCCCUGCAGGGCUCUCACAUUUCUAUGUGCCCUGCACCCUCAACUCCAAGCCACUGGCCAUCCUGCACUUGGUGCGGAACAUGAAGUUCUCACGGGUUCUGUGUUUCACCAACUCCCGGGAGGUCUCACACAGAUUGUUCUUACUGGUCAAGGCCUUUGGGGGGGUACCUGUGGCUGAGUUCUCCUCCAGAUUCGGACCUGGCCAGAGGAAGAUGAUCCUGAAGCAGUUUGAACAGGGCAAGAUUCAGCUCCUGAUCAGCACAGACGCCACUGCUCGAGGCAUUGACGUGAAGGGAGUGAAACUUGUUCUUAACUACGAUGCCCCGCAGUACAUCAGGACCUAUGUGCACCGGGUAGGCAGAACAGCCAGAGCUGGGAAUACAGGGCUGGCAUUCACUCUGCUCCUGAGAGUCCAGGAGCAGAAAUUCCUUCAGAUGCUGAGAGAGGCAAGAGCUCCAGAGCUGGGAAAGCAUGUAAUCCGCAGUGAGCACCUGAAAUCCCUGGUGCCUCAGUAUGAGGAAGCGCUGUCCGAGCUCCAGAAAACCAUCCGGAACGAAUGGAAACAAAAGAAGGCCUGAGUCUGGCAGGGCACGGAUGGCGUGCGCUCGGCUAAGCCCAAGGAGGCAUUGUGCUGCUGACCCACUGGGCCUUGGGGGCUGGUGUAUGCUUGCUGCCACAGAUGUGCGGGGAACCGGACUUGAUCACUGUCUGGAACUGCCUCCUGAAAACAAGCCACCAAGCCCAGUAAUUGCUGGGCCACCAAUCAUAGCGGGAAUGGGAUAAGAGAACUUAAUUUUAAAAAGAAAACAUGGGGCAGCUAGAUGGCACAGUGGAUAGAGCUCUGGC